ACACCCAAUAGUGGGCUACGGAUACAGAUUUAACAUUAUCAUGUUGAAGAUCAGUUUGGUUGUCCUUUUAUCCUGUGUUUGUUGUCGAGCUGGAAAGCCAGGAUGUUUAAAAGAACACCUCAUAAAAGAAAUUGAGAGGAACUUGAGAGAUCUACAAUCUAUGCAUGUUCACACAGAUGAAAACUCAGGCGAGACGUAUAUCAGAUGGGGGAAAACAUUAUGUCCAAAAGAGUCUAAUCUUAUUUAUGAUGGAUAUGCUGCCGGAAAACACUUCAACAUGGGUGGGUCCGGGACAAAUUUUCUAUGUUUACCGAAAAAUCCUGAAUGGAAUGACUAUAAGGAAGGGGUAAACACAGGGAGAGGUAGGAUAUAUGGUAUCGAAUAUGAAAUGGCUUAUAACAAGCCAUAUCCAAAGACUUUUCACGAUAAAGAUAUGCCAUGUGCUGUAUGCCAGUCUAGAAAAUCAACAAUUUUAAUGGUACCAGGUAAAGUAACAUGUCAUGACGGAUGGCAUAAGGAAUUCUCUGGAUAUCUAAUGUCGCAGUCAUGUACAAAUGGUCGUACUCCAUCAGAAUAUAUCUGUGUAGACGAGAAACUGGAAUACGUGCCUGGUGGAGAUGCAGAUCGUGAUGAAGGUGUCGUAUAUCCAGUGGAAGCUGUUUGUGGAAGUUUAAAAUGUCCACCGUACGUUAGUGGCAGAGAGCUUACUUGUGUUAUCUGCUCCAAGUGAAAUACAAAACUUUAAUCUGAAAUAAAAUAUGUAAACACA